AAAUAAAAAUUAUUUUCUUUUCCUCUUCUCUCUCUCCUCACCCACUCCGAUAACAAUUUCUCCGAUUCCAAAUUUCAAAACCCUCCCCGACGCUCCAUCUCCUCUUUCUCUCUACAAAGAUAAACCAAGUGAGCAAAAAUCUUCAUAAAAACCUAAAUCAAACCAGUUAUUAGAGGGAUUUGGCAAAGUAAAGUUAAAAAAUGGGGGAAUUUCUAAGCCCUAAUCAGAUGGGAAAGCAGAAAGCUCUACUGUCUUCCCGAAUCCAACCUCCGACAAGUCCUUUCUUCUUAGGUUCAAAUGAUGAUCAAUUAGAAAGAGCACAAGCGCGAGCAGCCCGUGCUAAAGCUAUUCGUCGCAAAUCUACAACGAGUUUUACUCCGUAUCCUCCACCGUCUUCUGAUCCUUGUUUUAGUAAAGAGCAAAUUGCAGCACUCUUUCAGAAUUGUAUCAAACUCGCCAGUGAAAAUAAAAUUAACCAGAAGAAUACUUGGGAGCUAACCCUUAUUGACCAUUUAAGUGAGCUCAUUAAAGUUGAAGCAGAAGAUGAUGUUGAGACCAAUUUUCAGAAGGCAAGUUGCACUUUGGAAGCAGGGGUUAAGAUUUAUGCACUUCGAGUUGAUUCUGUGCAUUCAGAGGCAUAUAAGGUACUUGGUGGAAUCAAUAGAGCUGGUCGUGAAGACGAACAAGAAACUAUUGGCGGUGCUGAGUGCAUUAACGGCGAACAUGACGAAGGGCGUGCUAAGAAGGAUACAGAUAAAAAGAUGUCACCCAUCUCAACUCUGGAGUCAUCUUUUGAGUCUCUCAAUGUAAAGAAGUUCGAUGCUGCAUUUGCAGUGGAUCCUUUGUACCAUCAAACAUCUGCACAAUUUGAUGAAGGUGGGGCUAAAGGUCUCUUAUUGACUAACCUUGGAGUAUAUGGAGACUGUCGCGUGGUUUUCGAUUCCCUGGAAGCACCAGGAAAAUGUAGGCCACGUGAACCUCAAAGUGAUAAAUCAGAGGUGAUCGAUAUUUCCUUUGCAAGAGAAUCAAUCGAGCAGAUGGCAAUUAAUAUGUCCACCAGUUCCGAAAUUUCCCCUAGUUUAAGGAUCAUAAUAAAUCAGUUUGAUGAAACUAACCAAAGGCCAUCUGAUACAUUUUCUGCUGGACUUGAAACGACGGAACAAUCUGAUACAUUUGCUGACAACCAAGCUGACAUGGAUGAUGAUGCACAUUGUGAGGGAUGGAGUUUUGACCAUGAUGAUCAGGCAAGCGUAAUUGAUGAAAACUCCAAUAAUAUGGAUCAGAAUUUUCCAAGUCAUCAAGAGGAGGGCGAUUCAUUCCCAUUCCAAGAACCGGAAAUGGCUGACAGAUUUGAGAAAGUUUCUGAUUUUUUGUUGCUCGGGUUGGGUUUUACAUCAAAUCAAAAUGCUUGGGCUGGUCCCGAACAUUGGAAGUUUCGGAAAGCUAAAGCUACAGGGGACGUCCCUGUUGCGGAAAAUGCAGAAGCGACUACCAAAAGGCCAAACAGGAAAAAACAGGCAGAAUCUGAUAUAGAUUUCACAAAAUCUCUGGAAAAGGAAAUUCCCGAUCUCUUUGCUGCUCCCAAAAAUCCUAAAUCACUACUGCUACGGGCAAAUCGAGAUCGUUGUAAUACCACUCUUCCAGAAGAUUGCCAUUAUCAACCUGAGGAUCUUGUUAAGUUGUUUCUUCUUCCUAAUGUUAUGUGCCUUGGGAAAAGAGCAAGGAAAAUGCCAGAUGAAUCAAGGUGUGAUGGUGAUUUUGAACCAGGCGCGCCAUGGGACAAUGAAAGUGUGUUAAGUGACCACUUUGAUGAUGGAAAUGUUCACAGUGAUGUGGAAGACUCAAGCACGCUUGUUUCUCAACCUCGCCAGGUAAACAAAAUUGAAGUUCAGUAUGACAAAACUGCAAAACAAGUUGAUGUUCACGUGUUGAAAGGAACGCUCUGGGAUCAUAUGCAAGAAUCUGUUGAAGUGACUGAAAUGGAGAGUGCUGCUGCAGUAUCUUUCAAGCAUCUCUUAUCCAGCUUUCCCGAUGAUUGCCGAGCAGCUGCACGUGAGGAUAUCUCACCCCAUCUCUGUUUUAUAUGCCUCUUGCAUUUGGCUAAUGAGCACGGCUUGCGCAUUCUUGACAACCCCAACUUGGAUGAUCUCCAAAUACAAUUUCCUGCAUGCUGAAAAUUGCUGAAGAUGUUUUAGAGGUCACCCACAAUAGUUCAAAUUUCCUCUUUUGUGUUAAUGAUAAAGAUGGGUGUGUAAUGCUUGGGGGAGGUGGCUCACUUCCUCUAUUUUAUGGCACUCAACUACCUCAUGAAGUGCCAUGAUAUGCAAGUUUGAUACUGUUUCCUUUUUUUUUUUUCCUCACUGUUUUGUGUAUUAUGUGCAUGAUGUUUUCUAAAGCAUGUGAUUAUUUUUCUCAGUUAGUCACUCUUGCCUUUUCAUGACCUCCUAUAAAGCAGACUUUGGUUUGAAGAUAA